AUGGUAAGAGGUGCUAUGGUGAUAGAAAGAGGAAGCAGAUUGGGUACAUUGUACCAGCUUGAUGCAUGUACAGUUGAGUGCAAUAGUACUUCUGAUAAGAUUGUGAAAAAGACAACUCAGUUGGAAAAGGAGAGGGUUUCUCUUUCAACAGAUGGCCAUGGUUUUUGGGUACCCAAGGGUGCUCUGUCUACCGAAUCAAAGUUGCCUGCAGAGAAGACCAUGUUAUGGCACCUGAGACUCGGCCACAUAGAGGAAGAAGAGGUACCUGAAGCUGAACCUGAAGCUGAACUUGAACCAGAUCUUGCUCGAAGGAGUUUAAAUAAUUCGAAAAGAAAGUUGAGCUCGUGUGAAAUGGGGAACCCCAUCGAUGAUUGUUGGCAUUGUGAUCCUAACUGGGUUAACAACCGAAAGAGACUAGCUGAUUAUGCCAUCGGAUUUGGCAAAAACGCCAUUGGAGGUAAGACUGGCAUAUUUUAUAUAGUUACAGAUCCAAAUGAUGAUGACCUGGUUAAUCCUCGACCUGGCACUCUGCGGCAUGCUGUUAUUCAAACCGAACCUCUUUGGAUUAUUUUCCAAAGAGAUAUGGUUAUUCAACUCAAGGAGGAGCUUAUCAUGAAUAGUUAUAAGACUAUUGAUGGUAGAGGUGCCAUUGUUCAUAUAGCAAAUGGAGCUUGCAUUACAAUUCAGUAUGUGACCAAUAUUAUCAUUCAUGGAGUUCAUAUCCAUGACUGUAACCCUGCGGGAAAUACAAAUGUUAGGAGCUCCCCGACACAUUAUGGGUUUAGAACCAAGAGUGAUGGGGAUGGGAUUUCCAUCUUUGGAUCAAGCGCAAUUUGGGUUGACCAAUGUUCAUUGUCAAGUUGCGCAAUUGGAUUGAUCGACGCCAUCAUGGGUUCCACUGCUAUAACCAUUUCAAAUAGCUUUUUCACUCACCAUGACAAGCUGAUGCUCCUAGGACACAAUGACGCCUACACCGAGGAUGUCAAAAUGCAAGUAACAGUUGCUUUCAACCACUUUGGAGAAGGGCUUGUUCAACGUAUGCCCACAUGUCGAAAUGGAUACUUUCAUGUGGUGAACAAUGAUUACACCCACUGGGAAAUGUAUGCAAUCGGGGGAAGUGCAAACCCCACCAUUAACAGCCAAGGCAACAGAUUCCUUGCUCCUGAUUAUCGAUUCCACAAGGAGGUUACAAAGCACCAAGAUUCAACAGAAGGCAACUGGAGAUCAGUGGGAGAUCUUAUGUUAAAUGGGGCAUUCUUCACAGCAUCAGGGGCUAAAGAAUCCUCAAGCUAUGCCAAAGCUUCGAGUAUGGCGGCAAGACCUUCCUCUAUUGUGGGCUCUAUCACUGCAAGUUCGGAUGUUCUCACCUGCAGAAAAGGUUCCAGCAGUUAG